AACAACAUAAAUACAUAUAUCCCGAUAAAAUAGUUCAUUUUUGCCAACGCACAUAGGAGAGACUCGUACUUUGGCCCUACACAAAGAGCCUGUAGUGCUGAAGUCCAGCGCUGAAUAUGAUUCCAUGGUUGCAGUGGAGGUGAGGAAGCAUGGGGUGGAAAUCUGAGGUGUCAAGGCGAACGUGAUGACAGCAUGGUCCAUGGUGGAGAAGCUCAAAAUGGAAAAACGCCCAUGCAGGGAGGAGAACAUUGACUCAAGUGUGGCCCAGCAUGCCACUGACGAGUCUGAGGAUGGAAGCAGCUCAGAAAGUGAAUCUGAAGGGCAGCAAUGCCAGAAGGUUCAGGUAAACAACAGCAGCUGUAGGAAGAGGGAGCCCUUGGCCAUCACAAAGCCGCAUCGACAGCUGUGUCGCUCUCCAUGCCUCGACAGACCUAGUUUUUCCCAGAGUAGUACUGCGCAGGAUUUCCGUGAGGAUGACUCCAGCGCUGGACCAGGAAUCAAGACUCCUAGUGACAAACAGUAUCAGACCAAGAUGGAAUUUGCAUUGAAGUUGGGCUAUUCAGGCGAGCAGGUGGAGGCUGUGCUCAACAAGCUGGGUGCUACUGCUCUUAUUAACGACAUUCUUGCAGAGUUAGUGAGGCUUGGAAACAAAGUAGAGUCAGAAAUUCAACCUUGCACUAACACAGCCACCUUAAUAUCACGGUCCCCCUGUGUUAAAGAGACGCCUAGUCCAGAGGUGUCUGUGGAAGAGGAACCUACGGAUACCUUUGAUAACCUCAGGCCCAUCGUAAUUGAUGGCUCAAAUGUGGCAAUGAGCCAUGGAAACAAAGAGGUAUUCUCCUGCCGCGGCAUCCAGCUUGCUGUUGAAUGGUUCUUGGAGAAAGGACACAAAGACAUCACUGUCUUUGUCCCAGCCUGGAGAAAAGAGCAGUCAAGGCCUGAUGCACUUAUCACAGAUCAAGAAAUACUACGCAAGCUGGAAAAAGAGAAGAUCCUGGUUUUCACCCCAUCCCGCAGAGUUCAAGGCAGGAGAGUGGUGUGCUAUGAUGAUCGCUUCAUAGUGAAGCUGGCUUAUGAUUCUGAUGGAAUUAUUGUGUCAAAUGACAACUACAGAGACUUGCAAAAUGAGAAGCCAGAAUGGAAGAAGUUCAUUGAGGAGCGUCUCCUGAUGUACUCAUUUGUCAAUGACAAAUUUAUGCCACCUGACGAUCCUUUGGGAAGACAUGGUCCAAGCCUCGAAAAUUUCCUCCGAAAGCGUCCUGUUGUUCCAGAGCACAAAAAACAGCCGUGUCCCUAUGGUAAAAAGUGCACAUACGGACACAAGUGCAAAUACUACCAUCCAGAACGUGUCAACCAGCCGCAGCGAUCUGUGGCUGAUGAACUUCGGGCGUUUGCCAAAUUGUCUGCUGUGAAGACAAUGAGUGAGGGGGCUUUGGUUAAAUGUGGUACCAGUCCAUCAGCUGUGAAGGGGGACAGCAGCUCUGAGGCCAAACGUGUGGCACCCAAACGUCAGUCUGACCCCAGCAUUCGCUCAGUGGCCUGUGAACCUCCAGAGGCACUGUCCGUUGUCAGGAAGUCGGAGACAAAUUCAGUGCCUUCCCUCGUGACUGCUCUGAGCGUGCCCACCAUGCAGCCUGCCAAGAGCCACGCAGCUGGGGCCUUGAACACACGAUCAGCCAGCAGCCCAGUGCCAGGUUCUUUGCAGUUUGCACACAGUUCUCUGGAGCACAUGUCUAGUGUACAGUAUCCACCCAUUCUGGUUACAAACAGUCACGGAGCCUCUGUUACAUACAGCGAACAGUUCCCAAAGUAUGACUCAGUUAGCGACCAUGGAUAUUAUUCACUGCACAGUGAUUCUAAUAUGAGCAUGAGCAGCAUGCAUAAUGUCGACAGUUUCUGUAGCAUGGAGCACGAGCAUGGCGUGUACCAGAGAAAUCCCAGCCAUUGCCCCGAGUCCUGCCUCAGCCAUUCGAACAGCGACUCUUUCUCCUCUUAUGGAGACAUGUACCCGAGCUCUGUGGACAGCAGCUUAGAGGAGAGCAUGAAGGGCCAGCAGCAGUCGCCUGCACAGAGUAGGAUGCAAGCAUUUGCCCAUGGGUUUCGACAUGAGGCACUGACUAGGGUUCAGAGUUAUGGACCAGAGGAGCCCAAGCAGGGCCCUCGUAAGCAGUCCUCAGCCCAUCUAGCACCUCAUAUCCAGCAUGCUGCAGUGGGAGCCAGAUCGAGUUGCCCAGGAGACUAUCCCCUCACUCAGAACGUCCUCCCACCUUUGUCCUCACAGCCCACACGCUCUCUUGGUAUGACUCGCAUGGAUAGCAUAUCCGAUUCAAGGCUAUAUGAUAGCAACCCGAUGAGACAGAGACGACCUCCACUGUGUCGUGAGCAGCAUGCGAGCUGGGAUCCUCUGCCUUGUGGGAACGAGUCCUUUGGAUAUCAUUCGUACCCCCUGAGUAACAGCCUGAUGCCGUGUUGUGAACGGGUGAUGGUCCGCAGCAUGCCGGACAAAAUGGAGCAGAUUUGGAAUUCUCCAUGGGAGGUUGCAUCUGCAGCAGAACACCAAGAGCGGUACAUCAUCCCAGAGCACCAGUACCAAACAUAUCGGAACCUUUGUAACAUCUUUCCUGCUUACGUAGUCCACUCAGUUAUGGAAAAGAACCCACAUUUGACAGAUCCACAACAACUCGCCGCUGUCAUUGUUACCAAACUGAGGUCAUGCCAUUGAGCAGAUAAUCCUGUUGAACAUUUAACAAUUAAGUUUUUAGGGGAAUUAAGAUUUUGAUUGCAAAGAUAGACACUUGUGUGAUGUUGCUGCAUGUGCAACAUUUGCCCUCAGGAGUAAAUAUUUUUUAAAAUAUCUCUGGUGUGAAAUCUGGCAGAUCAGAUUUUACAUCACUAAGAAGACAUUGACACGAUUAUUGUAGUGGAAGUUUCCUUGAUUGAGUUUAAGUUGAGUUGUAAAAUGUGUCACAAAUCUGCAUUUUUAUAUGAAGCAUAGUGCACUUGAUGUAAAAUGACACUUUCUGAAAAUCUCAUUCGUAACAGUCAUAAGACCAGAACAGGAGCUGCAUAGAGGCUGUGCUCUAUUUUAUGAUUAAGAUUAUCUAAUACUGUCUUCUAAGAUAAUUGCAAGAUUCAAUAAUAUAUGAAAGAUUUUCAGCACUUGACAAGUCUACAGAUUGAUUCUGGCUUUAUUGCAGUUUUAACUUAAAGUUUUAAAAGUACAGAUGCUUAUGAUUUCAAUGUAUCCACAAUUUAACCACAAAUAUCUGAAUUAGUGUGAACAAGUAGGAUAAUUAAGUUAGUUAUAAGCCAGUGCUGUUUUUAAACGACAACCCAGUAACUUUUCCUAUAUUUGCUUUAUUGAAUUUAAUCUGAGCAUGUCAACUUUUAAUGCACCAUACAGCUUUUAUGAAGAUCUUGUUCAGGCCCUGUGAAUGUGUUGAAAGGCAUCUAAAGUGUUUCUGGUGCAGUGGAACUAUAAAUAACCUUGCUUAGGUCUGCCUCUGCUGUAAAUAGUUCUUGUGACUUUUUUGUGCAUUUAUUUAAAAGAUAAGUCAGUGGGAGGUAGGUACAUACCUCACAGCAUGAACUACGACAUUUAAUGGCCUUAUAUCUGAAUGACCUCACGCUUUAGUCAUUGUCUGAUCGGUUUCAGUGAAGAUUCUUAGUCACUGGAGCCUCCAACUUUCAAAUGUAAAGCACUAUCUCACUAUCUAAAGAGAUAUAUUUUCUCAGCUUCACUUAACAAAGCUACUAUUUUGGUAGAAUUUGACAGUGCACGAAACAAGCCAAGAAAGAGAUUUGACUUGUAUACUGUAUAUGUCCACAUAUUUAUGUAAAUACAAUCACACAAAAGCCAUUAUUUCAAAGUCAUUUAUAAGCUGCUAAAUAAAUGCCAAAAAAUAGUUUAUAUAGUGUCAGUAUUCCACAUACCCACAUUUUGGUUCACAGAAUUAAUUGGCUUAUAAGAUCAACUAACAUCAAUGUUUGGUUAAUUUCCUAUAGUGUACCAUAUAUGUAUAGUUACCGAUCUGAUUUUCAGGAUGCUAUGUCCAGGAUAUUCCUAUCUAUAUAUUUGU